GGUGUGGGGUGGAAGGCCUAGGGCAGCAGAAGCAGGACAGCCAGACAGGCCGGACGGGGUACCAGCACCUCGACUUCUCUCCCUGGGACACUGUCCAAACUCCGAAGGCCAUAGGCCAAGCUGAGAGAUGGGUGCUGAGGAGGAGGUGCUGGUCACACUGUCUGGGGGAGCCCCCUGGGGCUUCCGACUUCAGGGGGGGGCCGAGCAGAGGAAACCUUUACAGGUAUCCAAGAUCCGAAGACGGAGCCAGGCUGGCAGAGCAGGACUCCGGGAAAGGGAUCAGCUUUUGGCCGUCAAUGGGGUUUCCUGCACCAGCCUCUCUCAUGCCAGAGCCAUGAGCCUCAUCGAUGACUCAGGGAAUCAGCUUGUCCUCACCGUCAGGCGGGUAGAGGACGAGGGGCCUGUGCGAUCUCCAUCCCCUGGUGAGCUUCAGGCACUGUCACCCUUGUCUCUGCUGAGUCCUGAGCCCCCUGGUGCUCCAGUUCCCCAGCCUCUCCUGCCUGGGAGCCUCCUCUCUCCCCCUGACAGUGAGGCUUACUAUGGAGAGACAGACAGUGAUGCUGAUGGCCCAGCCACCCAGGAAAAGACCCGCCGACCCCGCCGCCGAGGCCCAACAAGGCCCACCCCUCCAGGAGCCCCACCUGACGAGGUCUACCUGUCUGACAGCCCCGCAGAGCCAGCACCUGGUGUCCUUGGCCCUCCCAGCCAGGAUGACAGCCGCGUGAGCUCCCCAUCUUGGGAGGACGGGACAACCCUUCAGCCACCCCCGGCUGAGGCCCUGCUGUUGCCCCAUGGCCCCCUCCGGCCUGGCCCUCAUCUCAUCCCUAUGGUGGGGCCUGUUCCCCACCCAGUGGCAGAAGAUCUGACUACCACCUAUACUCAGAAGGCCAAACAAGCCAAACUGCAAAGGGCAGAGAGCCUCCAAGAGAGAAGUGUGAAGGAGGCCAAGACCAAAUGCCGGACGAUUGCAUCCCUGCUAACCGCAGCCCCCAACCCCCACUCGAAGGGGGUAUUGAUGUUUAAGAAACGUCGGCAGAGAGCCAAGAAGUACACCCUAGUGAGCUUUGGGGCUGCCGCGGGAACAGGCGCUGGGGAGGAGGACGGCGUCCCUCCAACUAGUGAGUCUGAGCUGGACGAAGAGGCCUUCUCCGACGCCCGCAGCCUCACCAACCAGUCCGACUGGGACAGCCCCUACCUGGACAUGGAGCUGGCCAGGCCGAGCUCAGGCGCAGCAGAGGGCCAGGGCCCGGGGCUGGGAGGGCAGCUGAGUGAGGCCUCUGGGCGAGGGGCCCAACUCUUUGAACAGCAGCGCCAGCGCGCAGACUCCAGCACUCAGGAGCCGGCCGGGGAUGGUCCAGCCGCCACGCACAACGGGCAGGGCCUGCAGUCACCACCUCGGGCACAAAGCGCUCCGCCAGAGGCGGCUGUGCUCCCAUCCAGCCCUUCGCCGGCCCCUGCAGCCAGCCCCAGACCUUUCCUCCCUAGCAGUGGAGCCUCUACCCCAGCUCCAAGCAUCUUUAACCGGUCAGCCAGGCCGUUUACUCCGGGCUUACAAGGGCAGCGGCCAGGUACCACCUCGGUUAUUUUCCGGCCCCUGGCUCCCAAGAGGGCAAAUGAGAGCCUGGGAGGCCUCAGCGCCGUCCCACCGCCUUUCCUGUCCUCUCCGCAGGGGACCACUCCUCUGCCCAGCUUCUCGUCAGGGGUUCCCAGCCACGUGUCAACCCCUGGUUCCGCCCGCACCCCACGCUCCUCCGGCCCCGUGACAGCCACCAGCUCCCUAUACAUCCCAGCCCCCAAUCGUCCUGUUACGCCAGGCGGAGCCCCAGAGCCCCCCGCCCCCUCUAGCGGAGCUGCCAUGACCUCCACCGCUUCUAUCUUCCUAUCGGCGCCUCUGCGACCUGCUGCACGCCCAGAGGCCCCCGCCCCUGGCCCCGCAGCCCCUGAGCCCUCCAGCGCUCGGGAGAAGCGCAUCUCCGUGCCAGCUGCUCGCACCGGCAUCCUCCAGGAGGCCCGGCGUCGGGGGACCCGAAAGCAGAUGUUCCGGCCGGGAAAUGAGGAGACGAAGAACUCGCCCAACCCGGAGCUGCUAUCGUUGGUGCAGAACCUGGAUGAAAAACCCCGGGCUGGGGGUGCGGAAUCUUGUCCAGAGGAGGAUGCCCUGAGCCUCGGGGCUGAAGCCUGCAACUUCAUGCAGCCACCGGGGGGCAGGAGUUACAAGACUUUGCCUCACGUGACAGCUAAAACCCCGCCUCCAAUGGCUCCCAAGACCCCACCCCCUACGACUCCUAAGACUCCACCCCCAGUGGCUCCCAAGCCCCCUUCUCGAGGGUUCCUCGAUGGGUUAGUGAAUGGGGCGGCCCCUUCAGCUGGAAUCCCUGAACCACCAAGGCUUCAAGGCAGGGGUGGGGAGCUGUUUGCCAAGCGUCAGAGCCGAGCGGACAGGUAUGUGGUGGAAGCACCUGGUCCUGGCCUUGGCCCUCGGCCCAGAAGCCCUUCUCCUACCCCCUCCCUGCCCCCUUCCUGGAAAUAUUCACCCAAUAUCCGUGCCCCACCUCCAAUUGCUUACAACCCACUGCUCUCACCGUUUUUCCCCCAAGCUGCCCGAACUCUCCCUAGUAAGAUCCAAUCCCAAGGGCCUCGGGCAGCCCCCAAGCAGGGCAUUAAGGCUUUGGAUUUCAUGCGGCACCAGCCCUACCAACUUAAAAGUGCCAUGUUCUGUUUUGAUGAGGUUCCCCCGACUCCUGGACCCACCUCCUCAGUGCCUCCCAAAACUGCCCGAGUCCAGGAGAUCCGCCGAUUUUCGACUCCAGCGCCCCAGCCCACUGCAGAGCCCCUGGCACCCACUGUGCUUGCCCCCCGAGCAGCCACUACAUUGGAUGAGCCCAUCUGGAGGGCAGAGCUGGCCUCAGCCCCUGUCCUUAGCCCAGCCCCUCCUCCAGAGUCUCCCAGGGGUCUUGGGACCUCCCCCAGCUCCUGUGGCUUCCAGGUAGCCAGGCCCCGGUUCUCAGCUACUAGAACAGGAUUGCAGGCUCAUGUGUGGAGGCCUGGGGCGGGCCACCACUGAACAGGGCACAGCUCCCAGGACCAAGGGGAGGUGGAACAGCUAGUUCCUAAAGUUGCUUCUACCCAACCCGCCCGCCCCCGC